AUGUAUGCGAUUUAUAAACAAACGCACCCUCCGACAGGGAUCGAACACUGCGUCUACUGUCAAUUCUUUUCGCCAGCUGAAAACAAUCUUGUUGUGGCGGGGACAUCACAGCUUCGUAUCUACAAGUUUUAUACCCAAGAUGAGGUAGGAGACGGGCUCCGUGAAUCGUUUAGUGGGGACUUCAGUUGUUGUAUUAUUGAAAAUAUCUUGCUCGAUUAUCAGGUGUAGACAUAAAUACUCUAUUCUCUGCAAGCGAAAUUCCCUAGGCAAUUCAACUAUUUCCGACGUCUCUUUUUUCCUGGUGGUUAAAGUUCUUCUCAGGCUGUCACGUUGGUACCUAGAAAAGGAAAUAUUGUUUAAGUAGUCAAAUCAAAUUAUGUAUAUCAAAUUUCAAAACAAAAUGAUCUGAGGUAAACAAACAAUAUGGCGGCUGAGGGGCUGGCGAAGGGAAUUGACCGCUGUAGGUAAAUGAAACAGCUGUUUUCUCAUGCUUAAUUUAUAUGCCUUGUUAUCAAUUCCUUGGGUCUCCAUCUUGUGUUUAACUAUUUAGUAAUGUUCACAUGGCCUUUGGCAAUUAAUUAUAAUUAAACUUUCUUUGAUCUAUGAUGUCUUCCUUUUAGCAUAAUUCAACAGGACCAGCAUCAUCAGACAAGACAGGAGGUCAGUAUUUACUGAAGGUAUCAGUAUUUGCUUGGGUUAUUAAAUGUGAGAUGCACUCAUAACAGGCUUUCUUAAGUUAACUCAAAACCAACGAUUAAAUUAGAUUUUAGCUUCAAAGAAAAACACCAGAUUUAGAAAGUAGAAAGUUGCCAAAAUAUAGAGAGUGUUAUUAUGAAUAUUUCUGGUUACUUAAGCUUGCACACUUGGUGAUUUCAAACACUGAUUGUAAUGAAUUUGAUCCCCACCAAAAAUGGCCAAUAUCUGACAUGCUAUAGAGAUGGAGAUGUUCUCAAUCUUCUGUGUUAUUACUUCCUGGUAGUUUAGGUUUAAUUUUUAAUUUUUUUUUUGGGGGGGGGAGAGAUUUGGGAGGGAGGGAAUUAGCCUCUCAGCAGAUUGUAAAUGUAGGUUUACAUGUGGAUGGUUACCAACAUUCUAAGACAUCUUUACCCUUCAAUGUAAUAGUCAAUUAAAUAGCUCAUAUACAGGAGGUUCACUUUGCAAGAUUGGGUAUCUAUGGUUUACUUUACCUAGAUGGUACUGCAAAGAGAAGGAAGUUGGAGCUUGUCAGCCAGUAUUCUUUGUUUGGCAACAUAGAAUGCCUUAAAGCUGUUAGGUUAGCUGGAAAUUCAAGGGACUCACUGCUAUUGAGCUUUAAGGAUGCCAAGGUAUUCUCUUCUUCAAAUUUAAGCAAUUAAAUAUUAAGUUUUUUUUUCCAAUGACUUUUUUUUCAUUUUUGCAUAAAUGAGGUGAAUAAGCCUUUUGAGUUGAUUUAUAUCAAUUCUGUCACUUUGGAAUAACCAAACAUUCAUAUUUAAAGGAGAAAUGUUCUUCACUUUAAAAUGUUAUUUGCAUCCUGUUGUGGACUUUUAGUCAAAAUCAGGGUCAACAUUUGAUGAAAUGUUCUCUCUAAUAUAUUAAUGAUGAAUUGAUUUGUAAUCAGCCAAUGGGAAUUUAAUUAUUUGGUCAGAGAAACCUUCAUAGGCAUAUGAAAAUGAACUAAUAUUUCCAAAAGAUUCAAUUGCUAGUUAAAUCCUAAGAUAUUUACAAGACCUACAUUAAAUUACAUUACUCAUGGAGCACUUAAAGUGAAAUGUAUGAGAUAAGAAAGUUUUCCCAUUUUAAGUCAUUUUUCUUCCACUUUAACUUCUUUGCCAUUUAUUUUAGGAAAGGAAAAAAAUUUGACUUAAGGUACACACGUGUGCCUUGAUAAUUAACAUGAUGUCCAAAUUUAUAAAUUUAAAUUCUUUGAAGUGUUUUUUAAUAAGUGUCAUUUGAUUAUGCGUGCAGUUUGCUGUGGUGGAUUAUGAUCCAGGCACUCAUGACUUGAAGACAAGAAGUUUGCAUUACUUUGAAGAUGACAAAAUAACCAAGGUAGUAGAAUUUAUUAUUAAAGCUCUGCAGUGGUAACCAAAAUUUUAAAUUUAUCUCAAAAUGUUGUCUUCACAGCAAGAAUGGUUAUGAUUCAAAUAAAAGCUAUUGUUAAGUAAAGUAAAGGUGAAGUCUGUACUAGAGCUAAAAGACUCCAUCAGUUUAGUGGUGAAUAUGUAAUGGCUGAUCACUUUCAAGCAGUCCAUUCAAAGUUGGUUUAUACAGCAGAAAAAUUGCACACUUACUCACCAACAAAGAGGUACAAAUCCAAAACGUUUGCCAGGGUAAACUAUAUGUGUCAUGUUGUUUAGGGACCUGUCUGUUUAAAAGUUUUGAGGUCAAAGCCAUCUUUGCCCCAAAACUUGAAAGAAACUUGGGUCUGUACCACUUUCUUCAUGUUGUAAAAUAGGUUGUGUAUGUUCACCAUUCCUGAUAUUCCUGCUUUGUAAAUGGCAACGUGAAUUUAUAUUCACAUGUUAAAUAAUGAGACAGAUGGUACUUUCCUAAUUUUACAGUCAUUUUCUAUUCCUUGUAUCACACUACAGAGUUGCAAUCAAGAGUAUUUUCGGCCUCCUGUGGUGUGUGUGGAUCCUGAUAGACGCUGUGCAGUGAUGCUUAUCUAUGGCACACAUAUUGUGGUUUUACCAUUUAGACAAGAAGGAGUAUUGGAUGAACACGAGCAAGAAGGAACUUUUACAGCAAGGUAUGAUAUAUGUGCACAAAUGACCUGAUUUUUGUAACAAUAUAUCCAAAAAGCAUUAUGGGACUUACUCUGAAGAUGGGUGUAUAGAUCUACCACGUAUAAUUAAAUUUGGUCAUAGCCAGGUAAGUGAUGUGAUGAUGUCACUGAAAAUCAAAAACUUUUGGCAACAAGAAAUAAAAAACAACAACAAUGUGCAGUAUGGAAGCAUUACAUUAGGGUAAACUAUUCCAACCUCUCUUUCAAUAAUGACCCCAUGGCAGGGCAAAAACUAACAUCAAAAGUAAUAACUUUCAGUUCAGAACAGUCAUUCAUUUGUUAAUUCUACAGUAACUUCUUGAGACACAAAGUAUGCAAUGGUGAGGUAAACAAAUUUAAGGGAUGGCCAUGCUUUUUAAACCAUAGAUUGAGUUUCUUCUUGAUUCAGCCUUCACAGUCAUUACAGGGUACAUGUUUAUUUGGUUAAAUUUGUGCCUUAUGAGUAAUGGAGAUUGUGUAUGGCCUAACUUCAGAAUUCUUUUAAGGAGUUUUAUUUUUAAAUUGGGAAUUAGGAAUUGUUUGUGUUUUGUGGAAAUACUUUUUAGGGGCCAGGAUGAAAUUUAUGCUGUGAACUAAUUUUUGCCUUUGAAGGUGGUGUUGUGUUUCGUGUACUUCUCUGUGGGAACUGAUUUCUUUAGAUUGAGGAGAAUCUACUUAAAUUUUGACCUACAAAAUGUUUGUUUUCAUUAUGUUCUGUUUCAGUGGUGAUCGAUCUCCUUUGCUACCAAGUUACACCAUCAACCUCAAAGACAUUCAUGAAAAGUUGUGCAACAUUAUAGAUAUUCAGUUUCUUCAUGGUUACUAUGAACCUACCUUGUUAAUACUUUAUGAACCACUGCAAACUUGGCCAGGGUGAGUAAAUCAUUGUGUUUUACAGUGCUGGUAAUUUGGUUAGUGUUUGUCUGACCAAAAGUUAUGGCCUUCUUUUUUUUUUAAGAAUUCACUUGAGGGAGUGCAGAAAUUGUUAAUAGUUUACUUUUAUUUGUGGAAUAAGAGUGUUUAAUUUUAUGUGACCAUCUACCCUUUUGAUGUAGAAAUAUGAAGUCUUUUUCAAUUUUGGGCACAAAAAUUCACAGUUGUUCCCAAGAAAAAUGGGUUUCAAAUGGCAAAUGUUAACUUGCUUAGGGUUAGGGUUAGGGUUAGUCAGACAGUCUGGGAAGUCACUAGUAAUUAUUGCAAUGAAACUAAAACUAAACUGUGUGUGUAAACCAUACAAAAUUGUUGCCAGCUUUUUUUUAGCUUCAGAGGUACCAGGCUUUCUAAUACGUGAAGUGAGUGCUAGACUCAGCACCAAAAACUCUGUUUGAAGCCAGUUUAUUAUGAAUGGAAGUAAUGGGAUAAUAAGAGGGAAAUUGUUUUUCUUACUUUUCUCAUGUGGGCUCUUUACCAAGGAAACCACCUUCUUCAAAUCUUGUUGAAAGUGCUGCUAUGGUUACAUUUGCUUUAUUAUUUCUAUUUAUGGCUUGGCUACAUAUCACUGGCUUCAAUUGCACAACAAUGGUAUGAAUAAUUUUCUGACAAGCAUUCAAGGACUUGUAAGCUAUAAGGAUGUAUACAGUUACAUUAAAGUGAAGUAGUCCAUUUAUUCCAUUUGUUUAUUUGUUUGUUAUUAGCCGUCUUGCCAUGCGACAUGACACGUGUGCUUUGGUAGCUGUCUCCCUGAAUUUAUCUCAGCGCACUCAUCCAGUUGUGUGGUCCCUGAAUAAUCUGCCAUUUGAUUGUAGUCAAGUUCUUGCUGUACCUAAGCCAAUUGGUAGGUUAAAAAUAGUAAUAAUACAUCAAUUAUCCAUGACUACAAGUCAACUUUAUUUAUUUAUUUAUUUAUUUAAUCUGUUGGUAUUUCUCCUGUAAGGAACAUAUACAUACACCAAAGAACAAGUCUUGCCAUAAUUAUGACAAAGAAUUCAAGUCAAGGAGUUUUCUCCAUUAUUUAUACUGUUACAGGAUAUAUUUACCUUUUUAAGAUUACCUUUGUUGACAGGCAUGGGAUUUUUCCAGGAAGAGGUUUGCACUCAUUUCAUUGGUUUAGUUUUAGGUUUGCAUUUGACUAAACUGUUAUUUUUUCAUUGGGCAGGAGGAGUAUUGGUUUGUGCUACAAACUCUCUGCUGUACCUUAAUCAGAGUGUUCCACCAUAUGGUGUGUCAUUAAACAGCAUAGCUGAACACAGCACAGACUUUCCUCUAAGUAAAUACAAAUUUUUUUUGUCCAAGCAUAAAUGUUAUACAUUUAAUAUUGAUUUUUUUUGAGUAAUAUAUUUGGACAGACAACAUUUUUUUUUAAUUACUCCACUGAGAAAUCUAAAUUUUAACUAAAAUCAGUAAGGCAGGUGUUUUUGGUGGAAAAGUGUGAAAUGGCAAGACCAGUUGUCGUCAAGGCUCUUAGCAGAUCAUGUCCUAGAUUACAGCUUGAAUUAAGCCAAUGCUGCUUUUUCUGAUGUACAAUCUUUGUAUCUUGUCAUGAUGUGUGUAGCCAAGCAAGUUAUUAUAUUUUUCAGAGGUCCAAGAGGGUGUGGUGAUCACCCUGGAUGGUGCCCAGACUUUGUUUAUAUCAUCAGACAAACUGGUCUUUUCACUUAAGGGGGGAGAAAUGUGAGUUCAUCAUAAAAGUAUUGAAUGUAAUGCUGAAUUAUAUUUAUGUAGGUUUUGAUGGGCUGGUUGAAGUGUAAAAAUACCACUCUUAUAAAAAGUAAUUUAACAUGCAUUUUCCCAACUGGUUCAACUUACGCAUAAACCAUAGUUAUCAUCCGUGGAGUAUUUAACCCUUUUAACCCCUUUAGGGUGAUUGGUAUCAAAUUUCUCCAUACAGUAUCACUGCUGAAUCAAACUUUAAGGUUAUAAGAAAAGAGUAAAAGAACCACCUUGAGAACCUAUUGAUAGGUGAAGAAAUUCUCCUUGUCAGCACCAUAGGAAAUGUAUAGAGAACAGUCUGGAGAAUAUUCACACUGAUGUUAGGGAGAAAAGAAUUAAAUGUCAGAAAAUCUUUGUCAUGAUGUGCAUCAUUGAGUUGCAUAAAACAUUUUCAAAUGUUUUCCUUUAUAAAUGAAUCCCUUGUGGGAAAGAAAGAACACUUUUUCAAAAUGUCAGUAUGAACUUGAGCAAUGAGAUGUGAUAAACAUAGACUAUGAAAGUCUUCCUAAUUACCUUGAAAUUAAUAAUGGGAAGACAUGUUUUAAAUUUAUACCUAUAUUGUUUUGUUUGCUCCCAUGUGUAGUUAUGUUGUAACCUUGGUAACUGAUGGAGUGCGGAGUGUACGGGGCUUUAAUUUUGACAAAGCAGCAGCAAGUGUGCUUACAUCCUGUGUAUGUAACAAAUUAAUGAUAAUUAAACUUUCUUUGUAAGUAUUAUGAUAAGAUUUAUAGUUCAUUCUUUUGUUACAAGAGUUGCUUAUGCAGUGAGAGGUUACAGUAUGGUUGCAUUUACAACAACAGGGGCCUUUAGCAAAGGAAAUCAACACACAAAUAUAAUCCAAAAUUGUUUAAAUUGCACUGGCUUUUCUUUGCAAUUUUUAGUUUGCAUCAUUUUGUGUAGGUCCUUCCAACCAGUUGUCAUGGCUAAAAUUCAUCUUGCAGUGGCUCAAAUCUGAAGAUCAUUUUUAUUUAGUGUGGUACAGAUUUUCAUAUUUUUGGCCUCCUCUAAGAAUCAGUCACAUAAAUUAUUCUUCUGUUUUCAUUCAGACAGUUAAGAAAACUUAACAAGAUCAGUUGGGUCUGCUUUGGGACAAAGACCAGAAAAAGUUGUUGUGCCUUCUUUUUCUCCUGUCUAUUCCUUUUUUACUUACCAUAUCACAACUUUUGGAUAGUUUUCAUCAGUGGCACAGGAAUAUUUUGAGACACAUGAACUGAUCUGUAAAAAGUUGUUUUUGUUGCUACAACUUUAUAGUUAAGUCAGUUGUUGUAUUCUUCAUUCUGGAAAUAUUUACCUCAGUCAUCUGAAGAACGUUUUUUGAUAUUUUGCAGCAAAUCUCUCCUACUAUGAUACCUUACUUAGUUUUCCUUCAUGAAACUUAUUUUUACUAUCAUACUUUCUGUAGGUCUUAUAGCUGUUUUUGUGUGUAUUUCCUUCAGGUUUGUGAGUGUGGAAAUGGGUAUUUAUUUCUUGGAUCUCGACUUGGCAACUCAAUCCUUGUCAAAUACACUGAAAAGGAGGAACUAGGUAAUGAAAAGACAAUUGAAUCAAUUGUAGAUGUUUUCUGAAUGAAGACAUUUCUACUCUCUCUUGUUCCUCUUGAAGAAAAAUAAUGGUAUCCAAAUUGGAUUACGUUAGGAUGUUGUAGUUAAUAAAAAACCACUAGCCUAAGGUUGAAUUAAGAACCAUUUUCAGUACACAAACUAAUUGAUAAAGUACUGUUGCAUUUGAUAUCAAGGGUACUUUUGAUUUGUGCCUUAUUCCACAUCAAGAAAUGACAACAUUUUCAAGGGCAAUUAAUCCAAACAGAUCUCUCAUAAUGGUUUAACCAGUACCUGAUAAAGAUAUUUUAUGUAUGGGCAGUAUUAGAUACACUUCAAAAGGUUCUCCAGUAACAUACUAUUUGUAACAUACCUUGCCCAAUAUCAGCUUCAGAGCAGUAGAAAUUAAAAAAAAAAAAACUGCAGAUGGGUAGCAUGAAGCCCUCCAGCAAUCAUCCAAUCAAGCAGCUAGAAUACCAUAUUUCUGUAUAACUUAACAUUUCAUGGUCCUUUCUUUGCUCUUUGUUAGGUACAGAACCAGAUUUGUUCUCACCAGGAGUAAGUUUCUGAUGCCUUCAAUUCAAGUCUGUUAAGCCUUACUCAUAGUAAUUAAGUAUUGGUAAUAACAUGAUUUUGAGUGCAAUUUGGUGUAAAAAAGCAUGAGCAAAUUUCUCUAAGGCGACAAAAUUUGUAGUCUUUGAAAAAUUUACAAGUGCUUAUUACAACAAAUUGCAAGAGAAAUCAUGUUAUAACUUGUCAAUAAUUUACAUGAAAAACCAUUGCAGAAACUCAAGCUAAAUUUUGAAAGCUUGCAUACGCUAUUUGUAAUUUGCUCUCGUGUUACAACUUUGCUGUCAUGUUACAUGAGAAUGCUUGUUUUCAGCCAAUCAGAUUGGUGUAACCUUUUCAUGUGCAUUAUUACAGCUGAUUAACUCUUCUAAUGAAUACAAAACCUCUACUUUACUAAAACAUGGUGCAAUAUGUACUCAUGGAAACUACUUGAUGUUCUACAUACACACUUUAUGUUUGCAUGCAUCAAGUUGAGGAUAAAAUUCCUUGCAAAAAUCUAGAUAAUUGGAAAAAAUUGCUGUAACAUAGCAUGCCUGCAAAUUUAACUAGAUCCUGUAUAAAUGAAUAGACACUUCAGAGCCUAAGUGCACAAAAUGACAGGAAACUGAACUCAGUAGCUUUGAAGAAAUCAGUAAGCACUAAAUACAUGCAAUUACCUAACAGAGUACUGGUGAAAUAAAUCUUAUUUUAAACUUGACAAGAGAACAGAGUAAUAUUUACGUUUACAUAACAAAGUUCAGACUAUCGUUUCUUCAUUAGGCUGUGUGGUGAUAUAACUUAGUAUUUUGGUACUUACUACUCAAGCUAUGCCUUCUAUAUGAGAGAAUGAACAGAGUGGUAUGUUUUUUUAGAUGGACCCCCCACAAGCCAAAAGAAGAAGACUGGACACAGAUUACACAUAUGCUUUAGGUCUGUAUAGGAUAAUAUAUUUUUCAUUUUUUUCCACUACUACUGACAAUAAUAUACUAAUACAAGCAAAACUACCAUAUUAACUUGAGGAUGGAAUGCAGUUUUAUAUAUUUGGAAAAAAUGGGGUAAGAGUUAGGUGCACAGCUUAUCUGAAGGUAUCAGCAUUUUGACACCUCAUUAAUUUGCUUGAUCAUAAAUAUUUUGUAUUAAAUGACUAAAGCUAAGGUAGAAAAAGGUAGGCAUGAAAUAUGAGUAUUAUCAUUUUUCCUGUGGUGUUGUCACUUCCUAUGUGGAUGGAAAUUUUCUAUUGCAUACAGCCAGCCUUCUUAAGGCAGUGAAGUUUACUGAAUAUGCAUCACCUAAUGAUGCAUUAUGCUUGGCCAGAUUGGCUGGUACUCAAUAGCAGUGAUCAGACCAUUUGGAAGAUGUGUUCCAUGAGCGGUCCACAAUUGUUUAGUUCCCCCUUUGUAGUUUCUCUUGUUUCUGUCAUUCCUUUGAAAUCUUCCGUCAAUCACUUCUCUCACCCUGCGUGUGUAACAGCAGGGCUCAGAAUCAAGAGACUUAACUUUUGUUCUAGAGAAGGCUGUGUCUGCUGAUGUGGCUGUGCACUGAAAUGGCACUGGACUGUGUUUCAGCGAGCCAGAUGUCUCUGUCAUGCUCUUUAAUUUUGUUCUUCAUGGGGUCUUUCACUCUUGUUGCUGUUAACAUAACCACAUCCACAAGGAAUCCUGUAAACCAGGCUAUCAUAUGAUCCCAGUUUGAUAACAUAUUUUAGCUGCACUAAGUCUGAUGGUAGCAUGGUCUGUGACUUGAAAACAGCAUGUAUCAGUAUUCUGUGAUUUAGAAAGCUGCGGCAGUGUUCUCAAUGUACUCAACCCAGUAAAUAACCACCACCUUUUCACAAUUUAUUUAUUUAUGUUUGUUUAUGUCUUUGACAGAUGAUCUGGAUGAGUUGGAAGUGUAUGGUAAAGAAGAGCAAUCAGGGGUGAAGCUCACAUCAUACUCAUUUGAAGUGAGUUUGUUAUAUUUGACAUACAUACUUGUCAACUCUGUGGAAGUGAAUGAUUGUCACUGAGAGAAGUAUUGCCAACUCAUAUAUGUUUAGUUUCAAUCUGCCAGGUAAAGGAAAAAAUAUAUUGUACCUACCUUAAUUAAGAUGCCAUUGUCUCAUUGACAGGUAUGCGACAGUUUGCUCAACAUUGGACCUUGCACUAGUGUUGAUAUGGGAGAGCCUGCAUUUCUUUCGGUGAGCUUUUGGGAUCAGAGUUUUGUCUCUGAAGUAGUUUUCAUAGUAUGAUCUAUAUUUUGUUUGCUAUCCUCCCUGCAAUAGUAGAGAGAUGAGACAGACAAAUGAAGCAAUAUAAAUUUAGUUUCAGAAAGUGCAUGGAAAGGAGAAGAAAUUAUUACAUCAUUAAUGCUUGUAAAUUGUGCAAGAGUCUUAUCUUUAUGCUCUCAAUAGCAAAUUAACCUCCAGAAGUUGGUGCAGGGUAUGAAGUUUGAAAACUAAACUCAAUCAAUUCCAAUCACUUAACAGAAAACUUAUUUUAUAUUUCAUUUUUAGUUUUGUUUAUUUUCAAAGAACUAACAAUUUCAUUUUGCUUUUGAAUUGACAUGUUCUUCAUUGUCGUCAACAGGAAGAGGUUUGUAAUUUUCAUCAUCUCUAUCUAUGUGUAUUCUACAAAUUAGCAUGCAUGUAGUUUUUGUUUAUGGUGAUUUCAGUUUUGCUCUAAUUUAUUUUAAGAAGUGAAAAUGCAAUCCUUAUGGUUUAACAACUAUUUCCCUGUUUCUAAAACAAUGGUUAUUUUAUUACCGCGUAGAGAGUAUGCAAGUGUUUUAUGUGUACUGUUUAACCUCAUGCAGCUAUUUUGUUACUGCUCUGCAGUUUUCUGGUGGUAAGGAGCUGGAUUUGGAACUUGUUUCGUGUUCUGGGUAUGGAAAAAACGGUGCAUUAUCAGUUCUACAGGUGUUGUAAAUGUCUUUUUGUUUUAUUAUUAGUUUUAUGUAUGAGAUUCAGCAAGUCUGCAUUUCCUUCUUAAAAUAAAACUUUGGAAGAUAAACUUCUGACAGUUGACUGUUGAAAUAAAAUUUAGUUUCUUGUUUUCUGAGAUGAAAGCAAUAUUAACCAACUAGUCCCCAAGUGUUCAUACAUAUCUCUACUGGAAGCUUAAGAAAUUUAGGGAUACAUGAAAAAUUUUACUUGCUUAGAGUUAUUAAAAGAAACACAUCGAUUAUUAUCAUAAUAUAUUUCUAAUGUCUACUGAAGAAGAUGCAGUAGAACAAAAUCAUUUGAAAGCAUUGAACAACAAAAAUGGGCUAAAGAUGUGAUUGAAUAACAAUUCUCAACUUGAUAUUUGAAUUUUGAAUAUGAAUGAAUUUAACAUGGUGAUAUGAUGAAGAAUUGUUAUUUUGAAUAUGAAAUUUGGAUGUGAAUUGGUUCAUUACUCUUAUUGUUAGUGUUAAUUGUAACCAAUCUAAAUGUUAAUCCAUAUAGAUAUGAGUCUGUGUCAUUACAGCAUGUUAAUCUUUUAGUGUUCAUUCAAAUUAUUUCCUAUUUUUAGCGAAGUGUGAGACCUCAAGUUGUGACAACAUUUGAGCUUCCUGGCUGUGUUGACAUGUGGACAGUUUUGUCUGGUGAACAGGUCUGUUAAAAACAGGAGAAUAAAUUUCACUACAGACAAGUACAAGAUUUACUACACUGUGAAAUGUUGGUGUACAAUUGAACUAUAAGUUCCCUCUAUUCAAUGUUCACACUGUUUUUGCCAAUAGUUUGGCAAUCAAGUGUAUUUACUGAACUGUUCAAUCCCUCACCAACAAGUUUUCUUUGACUCUACAACUUGCAAUGCUUGCUUUUAUUAAUGGUUUCUUUCAAAAAAACUUGUAAGGAUGUGUCUUGGCUAUUGUAAUUAAUGAAAGGCAAUCUUCUUAAUCUCUGGGAAACACAAGGCAGUCAUUCAUUCUGAAAAAGGGUAUGAAAUCUGUAGUAAAUAUAGUUUUGCCUUGAAACAUUUCCUGGGUGACUUCACUCUGAAGAGUCAGUCGCUAUUAAUUGCAAGAGGGAGGGUAUAGUUGGCUUGGAACAUUCCCUAAACAUAGUUGCUUCUUUGCUUUGUACAUUUACCCAGGGUGACAACAGCUAUCACUCAUUCCUACUGCUCAGCAGAGAGGACUCUAGCAUGGUAGGUAUUUACUGAGAAGCCUGUGGAAUAUUGUUCAUCAGUACACCACACAGGUGAAUACUGCUUUUCAGACACACUGACUGGCCGGUUCAGAUGUGUUUUGCGAGAACCAUUCAUCCUUGAGCAGUAGAAGAGACAAAAUUGCACCAAAUUGCAAUAAGAAAACGUUGUGAUAUUAAAUUAAUUUAACUAGUACCAUAAAUGACACGCAUCAGCUCCUUCUCUCACUUUUAAGCUGUAGUGCCUGUAUCAGGUAUUUAGGACUACUGUAAUGGUUGGUGCAUGUAAUUUUUUAUUUGAUCUGGCAUUUAAAUACCAUUUUUACUCCAAUGAAGGUGUUAAAGACAGAACAAGAGAUUAUGGAACUUGAUCACUCAGGCUUUACUUCCCAGUACCCCACUGUAUUUGCUGGAAAUCUUGGGAAUGGAAAGUACAUCUUGCAGGUUGUUAUUGUUACCUUGAGGUGUUUGGUCACAAGUAGCUGAAAGUAGACAGACAAAAUAAGAGUUUAUGUUCACACUUUGUAUAAUUGCAUGUAAUUUACAAUUUGACUAAAAGAAGUAUCAAAGAAAAAGGGUGCUAGUUUUACGGAUUUGUUUUUCAUACAGAAAGUUAUAUUUUUCACUAGUUAUAUUUAUUACCAAUAAGUUAAGGUUUAUAUAUAAUUUUAGAGAUUUUAUGAGGCAAUAACUUUAUUUAUAAUUUUUAUUUUGUUUCUUUAAAAAAAAAGUUACCUUCAAUUUCUAUGAUGAUGAUGAUGAUGUCAAAUUUAGAUGCUAGAGAAAUUAAAUUAAUUCUUUGCAAGCUAUUGACUCUCAAAUGUAAAUAUUAAUAAUUAUCUUUCUAUUUAUUAGGUAACUCCUCAAGGUGUUAGCUUGUUAGAAGGAGGUGAGGAUGACCUCUACUUCAUCAAGUUGUUUGAUUUUUGACUAUAUUGUCUGUUUCUAAAACCAAAAUCAUUUUCUUUGUUCUUAGGGGUAAUUAUGCUUAUGAAUGUGUUAAAGUUUUGUUUGGUUGUAUUUUAUUUAGUAACACAGUUGUAUCACAUUUCACUGGAUGCUGGCUUGUCAUCAAUUGUCUGGUGUUCACUGUCUGAUCCUUAUGCAGUCAUGAUGACAGCAGAUGGUUCCAUUAUUUUACUUGAGUUUACAUUGGAAGGUACAGAACCUAAGGUGAAGAUAUCCAGGCCACAGAUAAACCAAGUAAGCAUUCAUAACAAGAAGGCCAACAUUUCCUUCACCUAAUUAAAUCCUGUGUUGGUAAGGUUAAAUUCAAAUAAGUACCUAAGCUGUUUAUUUGAAUUGCUUUUAAUUAGGGAUGCUUCAGUUAUGCACUGUCUGUGGUGAUAACAUCAGUUCUAUAACUUAUAGUUAAAUCAGCUGUUAGUGAAAGUGACUCCAUUUGACUAUUACUUACACUACUCAGAAACAACCUUUAAUAUGCAAACAUCUGUUUUUAGGGGGGGAAAGUCUGUGCCUGCUGUGCAUAUAGAGAUGUCAGUGGUAUCUUUUCCACAGAGAAGGUGGACCAGUCACUCAGAAAAGUUCAACGUCAAACCAGUACUCCCACCACUCCCAAAAGGUAGAUCAAAUUUGGUAGAGCAAAAUAAUUUUAAAAAAAUAAGGUUACUUUUUAGUAUCAUGCUAUACAUAUAAUUGUACUUUUAGGUUAUCAUUUCAUACCUAUUAAUGGUCUACAUGGUUUAUGACUGUAUUGGUGUUUUUUCAGCCAAAAUUGUAUUAGAUCAUUGUAGUUAUAUAAUUAUUACUACUGACAGUAAGCUUUCCUAGAAUAACAACUCUUUCUGUGCUCUUGCAAUAGGCAUAUUUUGAGAUAUUUUAUGGAAAAGCAUAUCAUUUUGGUAACGGAAAUGUCCCAUUCUUCUAUUUCUUUUUAUCAAAAUUAUUUAUAGCUUGAUGCACUGCCCAAAGUUUCAGUCAUUUUGAUUACCAUGGCAUUUAGAAAAAGAUUUGGGUGUUAAUACUCCAUUGAAAGUUGCUAGUAGUGAACAGUGUUUAGAUUUCAUGUAGCAAGUUGUUGUGUUUUUGUUACUCUGCAUGUGUUUGUUGUCAAAUGUUAAAUUGAGAUAAACAUUUACAUAAAAUAUUAGGAAGUGGUACACAAAUCAUCCUUUAUGUUUUUUCCCUUUCUUUAGUUGCUUAAAUUGUAUUCAUGGCAACCAAUGCAUGAUUUAAGUUAAUAGUCAAAUUGACUCUUAUAAAAAGUGGCGGAUUGAGCCCUUUGAUUGCUUGUGUUUGGCAGAAUCUGUUGGAAAUGAUUUUGGCAGGUCACCCAGAGUAUAACAUGCUUUUUUCAGCCUUUUUGCAGCUCUUAAGCUCUUCUCAUGGAAUGCUUUUCAAUUCAAAGAUUAUUCCUUGCCUUGAUUAUAGUGUACUACUUUGAUAAAGAUGAUAAAUCCAGAUAUUGUUUAUUUUCUAUUUAUUUACAAAUUUUUUUUUAAAGUUAGUUACUCCUGAUGUUAGUUUGCAUCCUUCUGGGGAAAGAAAAGAUAACUCUUUACAAUGAUUGAUUCUUAAGAGACUGCAAUUGUUCCUUUUUUUUCAAAUUGUCAUGUACUACGUUUUUGUGAAAAUUACUCAUUCUGUUUUCCUUGUGAGGAAGUCGAAACUUACAAACUUUUUUUUUAUGUUUCCAAGCCAUUUAUUUGUUUGAUAAUAAAUUAAUCUCUAGAUGUAAGAUGCUGUGAAAUGUGUGAAAUGUUCUCUUACAUCGUUGCUCAUUAAAUCUUCAGUAUGGAUGUGUUAGAUGAGGAUGAACUGUUGUAUGGAGAAUCAUCUUUGCCAUUUACGUCUGAUGAAGAAGCUCAAGAACAGAAGAAUGUAAAUGACAGGUCAGUUGCUGGCUUUGGUGUUUAAAUACUUGUUUUCCAUUAAUUUCACCAUAAGAAGGCUGGGUAUUCCUUUUACUAAGGAAAAUGUCAGAACUUUUUUAGUUCAAAACCAUUUUUAACUAGUGGAUUUAUUAUUUUUCUCGCAAGCUGCCAUUAAUGCCUAAAAUUUGUGUGUAAGGAAUUUUUUUUGUUGGUAAUACUGUGUGUUUGAAAUGUAGUUUUAAGAUAUUUAAUUAUGGUGAAAAUGAACUAAUACUUGAUUGGCAUUAUGUUAUCUUGAUCUUUUUAAAAGGGAUAUAAGCUUAGUUAAAGCAGAAGGCUUUUUUUAAUUUUUUUUUUUAUUUUACAUCUUAGUGCUAGUCAUGUUGUAAACCUUGCUCCUAUGUAAGACCUUUUCCCCACUGCAAGACAUUUUUUUAGCAUUUUUUGUACCACAUUGCCAUAACUAUGCUGGUUCUAAUUGAAUUCACAACAUUCUUUGAAACUGAUCCUUAUUAACCUCCCUUAUCUCAUUUUAUGGACAAUUUUUAGAAUCUUAUAGACUAUAGUCAAAGGUACUCACUCAAAUGGUGUCAAUGAUAUCACUCCUUUGAAAAUGUAAGCUACAGGAGAAAAAAUCACCACCCAUUUAGUACUUGUUGUUAUUCACUUAUUUGUUCUGCAUGUCAGUGUUUCUAGUCUAUUGGUUUAUGUGGAAAAGAAUGUUCUUUACUUAAAUUCUUGUGUGUCUUUGUAGUGUUUUCACUGGGGAAUCAAAUGCUGAAACAGUGAAUCCAACAUGGUGGUGUGUUGUUUGUCGUGAUAAUGGUGUCUUGGAGAUUUACACUUUACCUGAUUUCAAGUUGGUUUUCUUGGUUAAGAAUUUCAAUAUGGCUCCAAGAGUGCUCGUGGACAGUGGGUCUGCUUCUGGUGUAAGGUAAUGAACUGUUUGUGCCUGUGGGUCAUCUGCAUUAUUGAGAUUUAAAUAAACAAGGAGUUGUGUUUAUUUGUUUUAUCUUUAAAAGCUGUUUGUAGCAGCCUCUUAGAGUCCUAACACUUCUUGCAGUCUCAGAUUGUUCAGUUGUAGAGCUUCAUGUACCAUCAGGGAUAAUCACAUUGAAUCAAAGGGAAAACUAUCAGAACUCACCAGUUUGUUCUAAAAUUUAACUGUGCUGAUGUGAAAUAUCCUGAAAGUAUAGAAGAAUUGAGGUGAUUGCAAUGUUAUCAAAACUUGUGCGGGUAAUGUUUUUUGAAGUUUACAUGAGUUUGACAAAAGCUCUCAUUUGGAAACUGUCUCGGUUGUUUGCUUGCAGUUUAAUAGACUUUUCUCAAUUAUUUUGAAGAGCCAAAUUAUAGUUUAAAAAGAAUGAUCGCAUUUUGUGGAUACAAGAUUACCUUUCAAAGUGCUAUCUUUUUGUCAGGCUUUUACUGAAUCAAAUCAUUGCUCAAGAAAAUAUCGUCUUAUCUGCUUUGAUUCAUUUGCUAUAACUGAUCAACAAGUCCAGAAAAAAAGAUAAUUAACAUUAUAACAAUCAUGUUUCAGAGAAUUGAAAAACAGUAAUUAUUAGUAGGGUCAGAAAUUCCAGUAUCUUGCUGUAAGGUGUUCUGCCUCAAUGCACCUCUCCAGCCUAGAGGACCCUUUUAGCUUUUGGUUUAAUAUUGAUUAUGACCUCAUGGGUCAAAGAGUGGAAAUUUGCAUGGUUUGGUUUCACUGAGGAACUGAAUAUUGGCCUGUGGUUGUUUCUAGCACACCAUUUCAUUCCAUCAGGAUUUUACAUUCCCAUGAAGGGUACCAGGAAGUUAACAUUGUUUUGAAGACUUUGUCAUAUCUAAUUUCCAAUCUUUUUUACUUAUUUUUGAAAGUAUCACAGGCAGUGUCGGUCAGGAGGAUUCUUCACCUGUCAGGGAAAUCUUACUAGCAGGCUUAGGGCACAAAAACAGCAGACCUAUGCUUAUUGCACUUGUGGAACAGGAACUUUUGGUGUAUGAAGCAUUCACUUUCACUGAAGCUUCUGUAGAAAGUCACCUUAACUUGAGGUUCAAGAAGGUUGGUUUCAGUUUCUUGUGUCAUAGAAUAUCUAAUAUGUGAUACAACAGGAGAAGAAGGGCUCUUUUGCUAGAUUUUUAUAGCAGUGUAUCUGACUAGUAAAGAAGUUAAAACUUUCUCAAAUAGCACCAGAGACAUUUUCUAGCAAGAUUUGUAAUUGAAGGGGACAGUGUUUGUUUUACAUUUAUUGCAACAUAUUUUUUGGUAUUGAACUUAAAAAAUUAUUAAGAUUCCUCUGAGAGCCUUCAGUUAGUGCUUUUAAUGUGUGGAUAAAUUCUGAUUCAAAUGAUAUUUUAAUUCAGUGAAGUAUUUUGAAGAUACUGUACUUGGUUUAUGAUGCAGCUUAUGAUAAAAUUGAUUGAAUGUAUACGUACUUAUUUUCUCUAAAAUGCAAAAGCAGCAUGUAUAUGUAUUUUGAACCUCCAUUUAUGAGUAGGAUGGUAUAUCUAUUCUUAGUGGCACGUGUGAGACAGUUUUGGUAGGAAUUAAACAUUGACUGAAGAUGAAUUGCUUAAAACAUAGCUUUAAAAUCAUAUCUCUUUUUUAUCAGGUCCAACACAAUCUGCUUCUGCGUGACAAGAAAUCAAAGCAGCAAAAAGUAAAGCAGGUUGAUGGUAUUCAAGGUAAAUGUUUAAUAAUAAACCCUAAUUACGGAGCAUUUUGGGCACUUAGUGGAUUAAAUUUUGCCUUCAUGAUCUUUGUUGCAGGGACAAAACCAAAAGUGUCCAGUCUCCGUGUCUUCAGUGAUGUCUCAUCUUAUUCAGGGGUAAGUAACUUCUUCAUCAAACUUACACUUGAUCAUUCAUUGGUAAAGGUGAGUAGAUUACACCUCUGAACAUGCCUUGAUGCUCAAUAAUAUGGGAUUGAUGUUGUUUGAGUGAAAUAAGUUAUGUAAGUGACAUUCAGUGGGUUAGGAAACGUCAUUUAAUAAUCAUGGAUGUAUGUUGUGUUUUCAGGUGUUUUUGUGUGGUUCCUACCCCUACUGGCUGUUUGUUACUAGUAGAGGUGCGCUGCGAACUCAUCCGAUGAACAUUGAUGGCGCUGUCACUUGCUUUGCCCCUUUCCAUAAUGUCAACUGUCCAAAAGGUUUUCUUUACUUCAACAAGAAGGUACACACAAGGCUUGUCACGCAACACACUUUGUACCCUUGUCCUGUUGCUUGGUAGGAAAGUAGACAUGUUGUGUAACGAGCUUAAACGACUUUUGCUAAGAAGACCAGACUAAUCUAUUUACAUGUGUAUACAGUCUUCACAGAUUAUAGUUCUACAUGUUCAUCAGGAAAUGUAAUGCUGUAGAUUUGAGCUAGGAAAGAAGUUUGUACCAAUACUUCGGUCAAGUUGACGAUACUUCCCUUUGAGAACAAUCAGGUCUCUCUGGGUCAAAUAGCCAACAAGAUCCUUAGGGGAAAAUAAGGGAAAUGAAUUUAGGGGGCAACUUUCUAAAGAAACUGUGGUGCUAUGUCGGUGGAAGAGUACAACAGGGUUAUUUUUGUAUUGUCAACUUAGUUGAUGGCGUAAAUUGGCCACCGUAAAGAGUUUGAAAGCUGACGUUAGCAGAGCUCGAAACGUCAGCUUUCAAACUCUUUACGGUGGCCAAUUUACGCCAUCAACUCAGGUAAUAAUACUAAAUUACCCUGUAAAACUGGGAAGUCACUUUUCAGAACCGUUGUGGUAAAGUGCUGUGCAAAACUGAGACCUUUUAAGUUUACUUUUUUGAAUUCGUGUUUCAUUGUUUCCUUUACAGGGGGAGUUAAGAAUUUCAGUUCUCCCAACCCAUCUUAGUUACGAUGCCCCGUGGCCUGUAAGGAAGGUUCCUCUGAGAUGCACUCCUCAUUUUGUGACUUACAACAGAGAAAGCAAGGUACUGCGGGUCACAUUUCAAAGAUAUACCACCAGUGUCAGUUUGUUAGUUGUAGUGAGCUUUUUUCUUCAGUUGUCAGAGUAGCUGAAAACUUCUCACAUUUUGAGAUCACGACUGAAAGACAAUCAUUGCAAGCUUGACGUCUGAAGACUCAUAAAUGUGAUACACCACCCAACAUUCAAAAUUCGAAAAGUGAAAACAACGAUUCCACCGAUCACAUUGACAUCUCUGUCAUAAGCAAAAAACACAGGAGGACCACAAUACGAUGCAAAAUUAACAAAUUUGAUGGAAUUUUGAAGUUUAUGUAACCAAAGGUUCUUAAUUUCCGUCUUCAAUGAUUCCUCAUAAGUGGCGUUCCCCAAGUGUGGCUGCAGAAAAUGAACGGGGGGAGGGGUAGGUAGGAGGCUUAGCGAAAAAAAGCAUUAUUCCUUGUAUAUUGAUUAUGUCAUUGCUGUUGUGUCAGACAUAUGCAGUUGUCACAAGCUUGUCAGAACAAACUAAGAGAGUGGUCAAAUUGAACACUGAGGAUCAUGAAGCUGAAGAUAUCGAUAGAGGUAAGCGAGAACUGCAUCCCUCGGCAGGCCUUCAAAUUUUCAUUAUUUAAUUCGAGGUUCCCUCAAUCGUAUUUGAGAAUGUUCCACUGUGAUAAUAUGAUUAUACUUUCAGUUCAUGAAUAUCGAGUAAAAAAUUAAAUAAUAGAACCUGUCUAAUUACAAAACUAAGUUGUCCAAUUUCAUUGUAGAUUCAAGAUUUGUAUAUCCAAUUAUUGACCGAUUCAGCCUACAGCUUAUCUCACCAGUUAGUUGGGAGAUUAUACCAGGCACACGGUUAGUAAGAAAUGAAGAUCUGUUUCCAUUCUCGGUUUUUUUCUGUUUUUUGUUUCUUGUUUUUUCUUGCAUAAUUAUUGACUUAGUAAAAUAUUUCCAAUUUCAUAUGAACUUAAUCAGCAGGCCUCAAACCUACUGUCUUCAUUUACUUCAUGACAAAAAUUUUCACAUCAACAUUCGAACUGACCAUAUGAUGCACGAUUGGUUCAAUGGUCUGACCAGUUUGAAGAAAAAAGGAAAAGUAAUCCAAAGAAAAAUCGAGAAUUCAUGGUGUUGAAAAAUUCAUUUCGAUUGUACAUAAAAGCAGCCUACAACCAAUGGAUCUAAUGAAAUUUUGAUACAUGGGGUGAAAACAUUUCUUUUCUUUUUUGUAUAGUCAUCCACUUUCUUAUUCAACGAUUGACCUUGUUUCAGAAUUGAGAUGGAGGACUGGGAACAUGUCACCACCUGCAAGAAUCUUAUGCUAGCAAGUCAGGAGACUCAUGCAGGUCACAAGGGUUUUAUUUGUGUUGGCACAACUCAUGUGUACGGUGAAGAUAUUACCUGCAGGGGACGGGUAGGUUUCUCUGAUGGGUUGACAUAUUGCAAAAACAAAAACAAAAAAACGCAUUGUCAUAUAACCGGCAUCCAAGCAAUUUUUAUAGAAUUUCCACUCAAUAAUUCUUUCAAAUCUCUUGAUAAUAUCAGAGUUCCUCUAAGAAUUGUUCACUGACUUUCAAAAUUAUCUUUGCUCUCUAAUUAACUAAUUUUUUGAGGUUGAGCUUAACUUCUUCUUGACACAAAUUAAAGAUUUUGUGGCGAGAAUUUUCUUCUCAUUUAUCCACUCAACUUCCUUAACGCUUUUACGAUGUGUUUUUUAAAAUCUCCUUGACAAGAUAUAUGCGUAUUACCUUAGAAUGAAAAUUUCCGAUUGACUUUUUGGUCGAAGGAGGUGAUUAUGAUGUCACGACUUGAACAAGGAUCGACCUUCUUCACAUUUGGUGUUACUGUUUUUAAAAACAAUUUUUUUUCCAAACAGAUUUUGAUAUUUGAUAUCAUUGAAGUUGUCCCCGAGCCGGGCCAGCCAUUGACCAAGAAUAAGUUUAAGGUAACAGCGAGGAUUUUGUUAUGUCGAUGUACACUGUUUAGCACUACAAUUGAUAGAUUGCAGACAAGCAUGUUGAUUCUCCUUGCAAUGGAAGUUCAAGUUAGUUUAUGAAUUAAAUUAUAGAAUAAUGUUUGAGAAAAACUCAAUCCUUUUUCUUGUUAUGUCAAGAGUAUUCGUUCAUGUAAACUGAGUGUGACCUGCUUAAACCAUGAAUGAGUGAGUGGAGAAGAUGCGUGUGAGGCCCAAUUAUAACCAUCACAAUUUCUUCUAUUGCGAUUGGUGGAUGGAUGUAUUGCUUUAUUUUUCACAAAUUGUUUGGUAGAGUUGUAAUCAGACACCUUAAAGCGAACAAAUGCAUCAGCCAAUCACACUGAGUAUCCUCAAAUGAAUCUACCAAUUACAGAUUGAAACACUUUUAACAAUGUCCAAUAGCUGUUUCUAGACCUUUUCAUUACACUUUUUACAGCAGAUUGUUACAGUUUAACAGUUUUAAUAUUCUAUCGAUAUAUAAAUUUGUUUUUAUUGGAAAUUGUAAUGGUUUUUAUUAAUUGGUAACAGGUCAUCGUCGUCCAAUUGGGUCAUUAGUCAUCCUCGUGAUUAACAAAUCAAACUCGCGCUCCUGAGAUUGUUAACUUUUCUCCGGGAAAAGUCAGGGAAUUUCAAAAUUUUAUGGCUAUGGCAACCAUUUCAAUGAACUGCGCAUAAACUUAAAAGUAGAAUUAAGAUAAAGUUGUUAAAUGUUAAACUGCAAUUCAUCGAGCCACGUCUUUGCCAUUCGCGGAUCAUUGACACAUCCAACAAGAAAUGUUACCACAGAAGCUGUACUUAUUGUGAUCUGCUCCAAAUUUCUCUUUUUGUUUGUUUUUAGAUGUUGUACGGUAAGGAACAGAAAGGUCCAGUGAGUGCUCUGACUCAAGUCAACGGUUACCUUGUAAGCGCCAUAGGACAGAAGGUAUGUUGGCCUUCAUCUGUCUCAUUCAUUAAAAAAAACAUGGCAUGUCAUAUUCAUUUCAUGUAACUUCAUAGCUCGGAACAGAAUGGGAAAAAUCUCAGAAAUCUCUACAUGGUCUGUAGCAUCUCUGUAAGUUACAGCACAUAGGACUCCGUAAAGAUGUCAUACUAAAAUUUCUGUUUGUUUGGUCAAAAUAAACAGAUUUACAUCUGGAAUUUCAAAGAUAGCAAUGAUUUGGUGGGAAUGGCAUUUAUUGACACGCAAAUGUACAUUCAUUCAUUAAUGUCCAUCAAGACUCUGAUUAUUGCAGCUGAUUUAUGCAAGAGCAUCACUCUCCUUCGAUUACAGGUAAAGUCAAAGUUUCAUUUCAGUAGGUAUGAAGUAAAUGAAGGUAACCCUUAAUUCUUUUUACGUGCUAGAUCUCAUAGAAACCCUACGAUAGAAUUCCUAUGUGUGCAGUUGAAUGUUAUUUUUGUUUGUUUGAUAUCUAGGAGGAAACGAAGACUCUGGCAUUCGUUAGCAAGGUCAGUAACCUUUUUCAAAGUUAUUCAAUGGCCUCGUUCUUUUUUCGCGUUUUUAUAGACCUCAACAUCGUCUCGCUUCAUAAAAAAGGAAGAAAAGAACUCGGCCAAUAUCUAGCCAUCUUGACCUCAGGCUCGGUCAACAACGCAUUUAUUGCCGUCUCACUUUUGCAGCCUGCGACUUGCUUAAAAUUUACCUCACGACACUGAAAUGGGUUCCUCACGCACGCCUCAAUAUUUAUUACACUCGCGUGACGUGAUUUCUUGGCAAUAAUAGAAAAAAAAUGGGAAAUUUGGGACGAUUUUUUUCACUAAAAUAUCACGACGAAUUGUCAUACUCAACAACCAAGCAUAAAUUUAAGGAAGUUUCAGAGGAUUCCAAAAACUCCCGAAACCAAGAAAUAACAUUGCUAUCAACAAAUUACAAUUUUGAAUACCUUACAUCCUGCCGCAGAGCGUUCUCCUCCCACUAGUUGACCUUUAAAGUUUAUUUCCUUGUCUUUCAUUUCCUUUCCUUUAUUUACUCGAGUUCACGAAGUAUUUACUUUUUUGUUCAGGAUCCAAAACCAUUAGAAGUGUAUUCAGCCGAUUUUGUUAUUGAUGGUCCACAACUGGGAUUUCUUGGUAAUGUAUCUUCUUCUUUCUCUUUCUCUCUCUUUUUUCAAUUUUUUUUCGCUUGUACACUUUGAAGAUUAUUAGUAAGGAUAUGAGUCAAAUUAAACUCAUCAGAGGACAAUUGUUUAAUCACUUGCACUCAGCAAUUUUUCCAUUACAAGUCUCGUUCAUCAAAGACUUCCAUUUCAAUUCGUGGCCAAGGGGGCUGAUCGAAAAAUACCUAGUCUUAUUCAAGGUGCAUCAUGGAAGGUAAUGAUUUGAGCUAAAGGAAUUGAAAGCCAACCUGAACUAAUCGAUGAAGCUUUUUUUUUUUUGCGAAUUUUGACUACUUCAACCUCUAGCUGUGUAUAAGUUGAUGAAAUAUUGUUUUAAAUACUUGUGAUCGUUAAUGGAGUGUUAUUUAAAUUCAACGUGGUUUCAUUGUAUUCAGUUUUAUUCAAAGAUACGAUGUCCUUUUCCAUUUGAGUCAGUCGUGUCGUCUAAAAUAUGUUACGGGAAGCCAUUUGAAUUCAAUUAACUGCCAAUGACUGUUGUGUUGUUUCUCAUUUUUGUACCUUUGUCAGACUAACGAUCGUAAUUACUUUUACAGUAUCAGAUGGUGAUCAAAACUUGCUUUUACUCACUUAUCAACCAGAAGGUAAGACAAUGACGCAGCCAAUAUCUAUUGAAGUUUUAUGCUUCCGGUUAAACUUCUUUGAAAUAUCACGGGCUUUGUUCUUUUAUUUUUAGCUGUUGAAAGCUUCGGUGGUCAGCGACUUCUUCAGCGAGCGGAUAUUAACAUAGGAAGCCAUAUUACUUCAUUCUUCAGGAUCCGUGCAAGAACAACAGGAAAAGUUGGCGGUAAAGACUUGAGACAGCUGACUUGUUUCGGUAAGUUUACAUUCUUAUUUUACUGGGCUAAAGUGUUGGUUCAAAGCAAGUUUUAGAGUUGAUCGGAUCUUAAGAUCCACGACCAAGAACACUGAAUUCUGGAAGAAAUUUUGUUGUUUUUGUUGAAAAGAUGCUCGCGCAGAAAUGUCUGUUCACAUGGUAAAUUGCCGUGGUAUUACCAUAUUCACCAUCAGAAACGCUUUUACAAGUAUUUAAUUAAUAAAUUAGAAUUCAGUGAUGAUGAUUGAUGAUUGCUGUUGUUCAGGCACACUGGAUGGUGGGCUUGGACUGUUAUUACCUAUGACUGAGAAAACAUACAGACGACUACACAUGCUGCAAACCAAACUUGUCGAAUGCAUUCCACACGUCGCUGGUCUUAAUCCAAAGGCUUUCAGGUCGGUUGAUAUUUUAAUCUUAUUGUUUUCGGUUAUAUACCUUGGUAUUCAACAAGUUUAAGGGUUGCGAUUGUGCACUUGAAUGUGCUGUUCGCUGUUCGCUAAAGUCAGUUCCAGAACAGUUAGUAAUUCUUGAAUAUUCAGCAGUCAUGACUGGUGAAAGGCUUUCCUGAAGAAAUAGGAUUCAGUUUUAUUUAUAAAUCAUGUUUCCCAAUUUAUUAUUCGUAUACAAUGCCGUGGAAAAUAUCAUCGCUUGUUUUUGACAAUGACGCAGUUCAGAGGUUCAGUCCUUGCGUGUUUAAUAAGUCGUUUCAUUGUUCUUGUUUAGACUUGUACGAGGUAAGAAACGAAGCUUGAACAAUCCUCACAGAAACAUAUUGGAUGGAGAGUUACUCAGCAAAUUUCUGCAGCUUGGCACAAUGGAAAAACUUGAGGUUGCAAAGAAAAUCGGCACCACGCCAGCUCAGGUAUAUUAAGCAUCUUCUAUAAAAUCAUUCAGUUGAGAGUAAAACAAAGAUAACACACGCAGAUACACGAGGUUUGAUGACACGAGGUGUGAUUGCAAACAAACAAAAAAUCGUUUCAGUAAAAAAGUCUUCACUAAAAGUCAAGCCUUUACGACGUUAACAAAUUAAAGGUUGGUUUGUUCAGUGUGGCCGCUUUGUGAUUCCGCUCACCGUAUUUUCCCUGCGUUUUGCUGUCUAAUACUACCGCGUAGUUUGCGUGUUCUGUUGCCCCAAUGUGGUCAAAUGGUGAAAUAGUGUAAUGAUACCAUGCAGAUAUUCUAAAUUUGUUACUGAGGCAUAUGUAGAAAUAACUUCAACGAAAAUGUGCGCGGACAUUAUCAUCCUAGCAGAAUAGCUCAAGUGUCGUUCGAAGCUAGCUUUUAUACUUCAAAGUGAAGCUGGCUUGAACUCGCUGACAAUUUUAGUGGGAACGGAGAUUAUGAAUCGGCUUAUAUAUUCACCCACCUCAAUACUUUUUCUCAGUGAAAUUUUAUCGGUCGUACUCUUGAUGGGUUACUUUUGAAAUUAGUACGAGAUAAUUAUCAGUACCUACGAGAUAAAUGGUCACUUAACACGUCUGUUCACUGAAAUCGCACUUGAGCAAAUGAUAUGAUGGUUUGUAACACCGCAACGUUUGCUUUUUUCGCUUAGUAUAUACAUCACUUCAGAUUAAGUAAAAACAGAACACUACCUACUUUUGUAACUUCCAGAUUCUUGACGACUUGAUGGAUGUUGAAAGAUCGUGUUCACAUUUCUGAGGGCAACGCCUGAGAGGUGCUUAAAUACAAGUGAAAGAUCAUGAUCGCAUCAAGGAUGUAACUUUUCCUUUACGGACAAUUGUACCGGGAUGACAAUUAGUUACUAUACUUUCUUUUUUCGUUAAAAUCUCCAAGAAGUUAGAGAACUUUACUAAUCAGAGGUUACAAAAUGUAUGAAACAUUGUCAUCUAGAUUCCCAAUCUCUUACACUUCUCUUACGCGUCCUCAGCGUGAUAAAUGUCGAAAUACAUGUAAUUUUUGUGAGUUGUCGGACCCGCCACCUAAAUAGAAUGGUCUACUACUUUUGUUGCUGAUGCGAAUCAUAAUUUAAGAAACCACCCAUUGUCUCUUGGCUUGAUUAUGAGUUAUUUGUUUCAAGUGGUCCUGUUAGUAGCACUUCUUAGAAAGUUGUUGAUAUUGUUUCUCUCCUGUUUUUAUUGUGUACAAAGAAUUCAAAUUCUGUGGUCUACACUUGUAUUUUGUUUAAUCGAGAUUGACCGCGUGAAAAAUAUCCCCGUCAACUACGUAAUUGUCAUUAGCUUGAUCGUGACGUUGGAUAACUCGCCAGUAGCGAGCUAAACAACAAAGGUCAUGCCUCAUUGUUAUGAAAUCGCUCUAAAAAUCUAGUAGGACUACGAAUAGAACCCGACACAUGUUUUGGGGAAGAAAUCGCUAACUAAUUAGAUAGCACGAGCUAGAGUAUCAUCG